AUGGAUGCUAACAGACAAUUAGUUACUUUGAGAACAUCACAAUUAACGGAACGAAAAAAAUUACCAAGGAAAGUAAAAAGUCAAAGCGAAAAAUUCAAAGUUCAUCUAAAAAAUGAUAAAAGCGAACUUCAUGAACCAACGAGAAAAAUCAAUGAAUUAAUUAGCGACGAAGAAAAGAAAAAAAUUGAAUCUUACUAUUAUUUAGAUCCAAAAUAUGUCGACGAAAAAAAAGUUUUGAAAAAUAUAACAGUCAAUCAAAAGUCAUUUCGUUGUAAGCUCUGCAAAACGACCUAUCCUAGGCUUGACAAGUGUCAAGUUCAUGUUUGGAGGCACUUGAAUAUGUUGCCAUACAUUUGUCGGGCCUGCGAUUUCAAGACGCUCACCGUCACCAGCAUUCGUGGCCAUGUAAGAAAAUUUCAUUUGAAAUUGAAGCCUUUUAAGUGCAGCCAGUGUGAUAAAAGAUAUUCUGUAGCGGUGUUAUUGAAAGAACACAUGAUAAGCCAUACAAACUCGCAACCUUAUCACUGCGACCACUGCGAUUUUGCUUGUCUGAACAAACGAGCGCUUGUUUCACAUAUGUCGAAGCACAAAACGGAAAAGGACAUACUUUGCGACUUAUGCGGAAAGGGAUUUCAUUCAACAAAAAAGAUGCGAGUUCAUAGAAAUACCCACGAGGAAUCGAAUGCUAUCAAGUGUCACAUUUGUUUAUCAUACGUAUCUUCCGAAGAAGCUUUGAGACGUCAUCACAUUAAUGUCCACACCAGGGAUUACGUUUGUAAAAUUUGUAGAAAAAAAUGCAUCACUAGAAAAGCUCUCCAUAAUCAUGUUUAUCAAGUGCAUGCAGAUGGCAGGCACCAUUGUCCGAUGUGUCCGAAAGUUUAUAAAAAUGGAUCGAUGCUGCAGGAUCAUAUUUUGAAACAUCAGGGAAUAAGGCAAUACAAAUGUAAAAUUUGCAGCAAAGAUUUUGCUCAGAGAACGCAUCUAACUACUCACAUGGCUGUUCACGAUGCGAAAAGGCAUAAAUGUCCUGGUUGCCAAAAAGGAUUCAAUCGCCAAGACAAUAUGAAAGUUCACACUAGAAAUUGCGUCAAGUUCCAAGCGAAUCCUAAUUUAGCAAAAUUGAUAAUUUCUAGAAAAAUUAAAGCAUCUAAAAGCUGUAAAUCGUCGAUAGUCAAUAGCUACGAACCUGUCAAUAUCACAAUUAAAGUAGAGCCCAUUAUCGAUGCUGACAUAAAUAUUAAAAUUGAACCAUUCGAUGAAGUGACCUAGCAGUAAGGCAGUCCCAUUACACUUGAAUUGUAUACUUUCGUUUUUAACGUUUAAUCUAUCUACAUGGAAGAGAAGUCAUAACAAAAAUUUCAAAAAUGAACUCAAAAGUGUUAGAAAAAUGAUUCGUCACAUAUUCUCGUUGAAAAAGUGUUAAUAAUAUUUUGUUUUACACUCUAUUAUAAUUUCCGGCUCUUGCGUUAGAAGCCACAUCGUAUAAAGUUGCAUGUCAUAGGCAUUAUGAAAGUUGUACUGAAUAUACUUUUCUAGCGGAGUUAAUUGCAAUUAAAGCUAAAUGCCAAAUAAGGCUCAACUCUUCAUAUGGUUCAGGAAAUAUGUGCGUAGCCGUUACAUCAUGUAACGCGAAGGGAGUGUAAAAAAAACGUUUUCAAUGAUUUGAGUAAGCAUUAUAAGAUUAUCAAGAAUUGUCUUCCUUUAGUAGGUAAUGAAAAACUAUCACCUGACAAUUGUGCGCAGCCGUAUAGUUGAUUACUAAAAGUGUUUAUAAAAAGAUAUAGCUU